UUUCUUCAGAUUAGUUGAAAAAUAUUCUCAUCUGUUUAAUACCGUCUGUUGAAUCUCUAGAUUCAGAAGAAUCUGGAGAAUAUGUAGAAUCUGGAGAAUCUGGAGAAUCUGUAGAAUCUGGAGAAUCUGUAGAUUCAGUAGAAUCUGUAGAAUCUGGAGAAUCUGUAGAUUCAGUAGAAUCUGUAGAUUCAGUAGAAUCUGUAGAUUCAGUAGAAUCUGUAGACUAAGUUUAUGAUAAAGAAUUCAGUUUUGAAUUAUUAUCCUGAAGAAAACAUGAAGAAAAGCAGCGGAUCUCUGUUUUUAAAUCGGAAGAACAGGAAAAUAGUGAAACCUAUUCUGGCUUUUUUUGUUCUUUUAAUGCUGAUAUAUUGGACUCGUGUUGAGAGGAACACAUCUCAGACAACCGUCUCCACCGGAGAAAAUCCUUUUAUACGAGGAAGAUGCGGAGCUGGAUUCUUAACUCCCACUGGAGCUGUUCCUGCCUGCGACAAACGAAUAUCUACCUGCUGUUCCCCACGUGGUUGGUGCUCCAACUCUCCUGAAGAUUGCUUGUGUGAUGAAUGUGAAUACUAUGAAUGGGAUGCAGUUAGUCCGUCAAUGCCAGAAAAUGGGGUACAAGAAGAUGAUAAUAGUGUUUUUGAGCUACAGGGAUAUAAAAAUAUUAUUAUUUCACCUCAGGCUGAUUGUAACGCGAACACUUUAAUUGUGGUUUAUUCAGCAAUGGCUAACUUUGCUUACAGACAAUUAGUUCGGUUGACCUGGGGGAACAGAAAAUAUUUAAAACAGAUGAACGCAACCUUGAUCUUUGCACUGGGUCGGUUUCCAAAUCUCAAGCUUCAAUGGAGAGUGGAAAGAGAAGCUGAAAGGUAUAAGGAUAUUUUACAAGGAGAUUUCUUUGAGGAUUAUUUCCUGCUGGCGUACAAGUCUCUCACUUGGAUGGAUUGGAGUAGAGAACACUGCUCUAAGGUUCCCUGGAUAGUGAAAACUGAUGACGAUAUGGUAAACAACAUUUGGAGGCUUGGGGCUUACAUUAACUCACUCCCAAAAGAAAUGGAUGCUAUUUCAUGUUCGACAAAAACUGAGAAAGUGAUUCGUCAGAAGGUCGGCGGAAGACAAGAUAAGUGGGUUAUUCCAUUUGAUGAAUGGCCUGAGGAGUACUUUCCAACCAACUGCUGGGGAGUUGUUUAUAUUUUUAAUUCUCAAGUUAGAAACCGUCUUCUCAAGGUUAUUCCAUUUGAUGAAUGGCCUGAGGAGUACUUUCCAACCAACUGCUGGGGAGUUGUUUAUAUUUUUAAUUCUCAAGUUAGAAACCGUCUUCUCAAGGUUUUAUAUUUAGUUUGUUUAGNAGGAAUACUAGCAGAUAAAGCAAAUAUAACACACAGGUAA